AUGGCCUCUAUUUCCAUACGGGACUCCAUCCGGUGGCUCCCCGAGCCGGCCUCCGAGCCCACAUCCACAGUAGUCCUGACGUCACCAGAACGACGGUUCGUCGAUAUCCGGAUCCUCAAGCCGACGUCCAACGGCGAGGCGGCAGAGAACGAAGUUGAGUUACCGACCUCUCGCCUCGACUGGGCGUUCGCAGGGUGUUCGACCUCCGAGGUGCACAACGGCGUUCGACAUUCGACUUGGCGCCAUUUCGUCGACAACCGCUCGAGUGGCGCGGAGGAAGUCACUGAUGAAGGCAACAUGGUCACGCAAGACGACGGCCGCACGCUGGAGACGGGUCGGAUGGUCAAUCCCGCCACGGGGAGGGAGACGAAUUACGAAGAGAUAUGGACCGACACCGAGCCCAUGCCCAUCCCGGAGAGGUCCGAAGCCUUGUCCAUCCCCUCUCGCGUUUCGAAGGCUCGCUGCAUCGUGCUUGAGUUGAAGAACAAUGCGCAGCAGGAGCGGGGCAUGGUGAUUUGCCUUGGCCAUUACUGCCAAGGGGUUGUGAGGAAGGGUGAGGAGUUCACGCUUGAGCGGUGGCAGUGGGUUGAUGGCAAGUGGGAGCGGCAAUACCGCAUGGGCUCCCUCUGGCUGCCGUGUGUCGAGGCUACGCAUGGGGCUGGUAUUGUGCUGGGGAGCAAGGUGAAGCACGAAGAGUCGGUGUGGGAUGUGGUUGAGUACGGUGAGCUAUGA